CUGCAACAGUAUGACUCAUUUAUACUAUCGAACAUCACAGUUUCAUUUUCAUAUCCUGUACCCCAUACCGCGUUUAUUCAAUUCUUCAAAAAUUAAAAAUAGUACCAUUUUAUCGAUCAGUGGUGUGACACAUGACCUAACCUUGACACCCACUCGAAUGAGCUAGGUCACAAUGUAUUUUUUGAAAACUUAAUAAUUAUUUUCCUUUGUUCAGCUAUACAUAAUAGAAACGAAAUAAUGUUGUUUUCUUAAAAAAUAGAGUUGUAUAGAAGUUAACAGUCAUUGAAAGUAUUUUUUUGUUUUUCUGUUUGAUUCUGCGAAAUAUCGAUAAUAAACAAUUCGUAUACCACGUGGGAAUUACUUUCUACUUAUUAAGCACUGAGAUAUUGUAUCAUAUUGAACAUCUAAUUUAUAUAAUAAAAACUAUACACCCAGAAGUUUAUACUGCCCUUGCUCUAGAAGAUGCUAGUAAAGAUGAAGAUAUUGAGAGCGAUUGUGUUGGAGAAAUGUUAGACCUCCAUAAAAGGUCUAUUAUAGAAACACAAUCCAUAGAGAAACACGAUGAAGAACCAGUGAGCUGUUACUGCAGUGCAUCACACACAGACAACAAUUAUUCCACAGAUGAACAUGACUCUGUUCGUGAUUCGGCUCAUCGUCCUACUGCACAUUCCCUCACGCAAAAAUUGGGCCUGCACCAGUCAGAUUCAGGUGCAGACCUAUCAGAAUAUCAUGAUCAACAUGAGGCUAAAAGUAUACAAAAUCUAUUGGCAUCUUAUGGGAAAACUUUUCAAAAUACAGAGACUGAACUGGAAGAUGAAUUUGACAAAGUGAAUGUAAUUGCACAGCACCAAGAAGAUAAAGAUGUAGAAUUUAAAUGUAAAAUAACAAACAUUCACUCAUCAGAUCAUCUUGCAGAUAACAUUGAAAUUUUAAGUUAUGAUCCAUCCAUUUGUAAUGAAAAGGAACUUCAUACAGAAAAUCCAUCAUGUAUUUUAGAAGACAAAGGUUUUGAGAUACAUAAUAUAUUUAAAAAUGUUUCUUUGAAUGAUACACAAACUUAUAAGGAAGAUGUCCAACUUAAGUACAACUGUGACCAUAGCUCGUGUGACUAUCCAUACUAUUCUAUGUAUUCUAAAACUAAGAGUAUAAUAGAUAUAGCAUGGGAGAAAUAUUGGUCUAAAAAUGGUGAACGUAUAAUUUGGACAACUUGGAUUAGGAAAUAUGCAGAUUAUAUAAAUCCAGAAUAUUUGCAACAAAAUGCUCAUUUAAUAAGUAAUGAAAAGUUAGAAGUGAAAGAUACUAUUGAAAAAUUUUCAGAGCAAAAUACAUGUUUUCCUAGUCAAGCACACAGAAAUUGUGAACUUGAUCGCUCAAAUUUUGAGGGAUUAUUUAGCAAAAGUAGUAAUGCUGGUAAUAAUGAAAUAAAAGCAAAAGACAUGUGUAGUAUUAAUUUUUCAUUUGAUGACAUAAGCAAGCAAGAGAUAAGUGACAAAGAAGCGGAAGAUAAUAGAAAGAAAUUGACAAAUUUUGAAGCAUCACUGGAAACUGGAGAUGGUUGGAAUCCAUUAAGUCCUUUUAGUAUGGAAGAAAGUUACAACCAGCAAUCUAAUGCGGAAGAUGAAAGACUUUUAACAAGGUGUGAUUCUAUUAACGAGUCAAUAGCAAAAACAAAUGCAACAUCAGAUUCUAUGACAAAUGUCACAAAGAUGACUCUUACUAGUUCUAGUUGUGACUCUAUUUCUACAAAUUCAUCUAGUCUCAUCAGUUCUGUAACUAGUUCCAUUGAAAGCAAUAUAACAAACACAAGUUCUGAUCAAGAUAAUGAUCAGGAAUACACACCAGAAGAUACUGAUAAGUAUUGGCAACAUUUAUGGAAAGAAAAUUUCCAAAUAGAGUACCAAAAUCAUUAUAAACUAUUUAUAGAAAAAUAUAAAAGGGAGCAAUCUGAAAUUAGAAAUCAAAGUUAUAGCCAGGAAUAUAAUGAUAUAGAUAUGAAAGAGGAAGGAAGUGAUGAAAGUAUAGACCAAGAUUUUGCACAAAGGGAAAUAGACACAUCUAAUGAAAUUAAUAUUCCUGAAAGUAGAAGUGCACCUAAUAAAAAUUUUUCUUAUUCUAAGAAAGAUAAGACAAAAAAGAAGCGAUUAAUUAUGGAAUCAGUGGGAAUGCUCAUUCAAAAUUUAACGGUAGAAGCAAAAGAUAAUGAAAUUGAUGCACAUAAAAAUGAAAAAAUUAAUGAAAUGGAAUGUUCACAAGAAGUUGAACAUGAUCAAACUUCAACUACAGAAAAUGAAAAUGGUGCAAUUAUUUCCAAUGAUACUAGUGGCAACAAUAGUAUUCAACGUAAAUAUUCUAAUGAUGGAGAUGGAGAUGAGCCCAAUGAAGAUAAACCUAUAACAUUAAAACGGAGUCAUGAGGCUGAUUAUGAUGACACAGAAGAAGGCCUGGAAUCAGUAAAAAAAGCAUUUUCAUUGAUGGGAUAUACUUUCAACGAAAAUUACGAACAAUCUAAUUUCCAAGGAGAAGUAGUAUAUAGAAAAAAAAAUAUUAGGUUACAAAAUAGACAAUUAAAAAUGAAAUAUUAUAAACCCAAGCCAAUAAAUAAACAUAUAUACUUUGAUGAUAACGGAGUGGAAAUUACUAACACUAUAGAUAAAUGUUUUGUUUUACAGGUGAAGCAUUAUUUAUCAUACUGUCCUGUUUUGCCACCAGCAAAGACAGAAUUACAACCCUCUGAAAAAGGUUCCUACACAGCACAAUUGACGUCAAGUUCUGAUGAUGAAUGUGAUCAUAGCCUUAAGUCAAAGUUACAAACAAAACGAUUUGUAUUUAGUAAACCAAGCACAAGUUCAAUAGAUUCAGGAGCAGAUAAAAAACAAUUUGAUGAUGUUCACGAUACCUUAAACGUAUUUGAUAAACAGGGCAAUGUUUUCCAAAGUAUCAAAGAUAAUAAUAUAUACUUUGAUCAGGAUGAAACAAGCGAUUCCACAAAAUGUGUACCAGAAAAUCAAGUUUUCGAACGAGAGAACUUUGAUGUAUUAAAUGUCAAUAUGGAUAUAGAUGAAAACUAUAGUAACAACGAAAUACAAAGUAUGAAAUUAUCAGAUGAAGAUAGCGUAAAGAAGACGCAAAAGAAAAAACGAAGGAAGCCACCCAAAAGAAAUGUAAGCCUGCCAGUAGAAAUAGACAAUGAUAAAACUUUAAUGAAAUAUUGGUUCAAAAGAUACCGCCUAUUUAGCAAAUUUGAUCAAGGCAUUAAAUUGGAUCGUGAGAGCUGGUACUCUGUAACACCAGAAAAAAUUGCCGAGCACAUAGCUCAACGAUGCAAAUGCGAUACCGUGAUCGAUGCAUUCUGUGGAGCAGGAGGGAACGCUAUUCAAUUUGCUUUUACAUGUGAAAGAGUUUUCGCAAUAGAUAUAGAUCCAGCUAAAAUCGAAAUUGCUCGAAAUAAUGCUCGAGUUUAUGGUGUUGAAGACAGAAUAGAAUUCAUUGUUGGAGAUUUUAUUAAACUCGCAUCAAAGUUAAGCGCAGAUGUUGUGUUUCUAAGUCCUCCAUGGGGAGGACCUGAAUAUGUCAAGAAUGGAACAUUUGAUCUCAAUAAUAUUAUGCAUCCCAUUGGUGGUGUAAAUUUAUUUAAUAUAGCAAGAAAAAUCACAGAUCAUGUGGCCUACUUUCUACCUAGAAAUGUAGAUACAAUGCAGCUUGCCAUGUUAGCCGCAGUAGGUGGUGGUGUAGAAGUGGAACAAAACUUUCUUGACAGAAAGCUAAUAGCUUUAACAGCUUAUUAUGGCGAACUGCCCAGAGACUGUUAGUUGUGAUACGAGGUGUAAUUUCCGGGAAGAUCCACAUCAGUUGCUUAAAAAAAGGAGCUUCUCACGUUUUAUGAAUAAUUAGCUGUAAAUAAUAACCUGUAUCAAUUUGCUUAGGAUGUCCUUAAAAACAGUAUUUUUUAUUUCACUUCACGUUUUUUUU